AUGGAUUAUGCAGUGUCAAGCAAAAGUCUGAAAGUGUCUCAGAUACUCUUCAAACAGAAACCAACCAGUGCAGAUGAAUACACUGAGGCAAGGCAGCAAAGCUCUGUGGACAAGGUGCCAGAAAUAAAUACAAACCCCAGUGCAGAACAAACAGAUUUCAUGAAAGAUAAGAACAUCCAAAUAUUAUCUUCCGGAUUCUGUGGCGGCAUCCAGUGGCUUGGUCUGACUGUAAAUGGAAGCUCUGUAGCAUGGAAUGAGACUGAACAUUGUCAUCUCUUGGAUGGUCUUGUCCCUGAUCAGUUCCAGCUUUGCAAGCGGAACCUUGAGCUCAUGCAAAGUGUCCUUAAUGCAGCCAAACAGACUAAGCUGACCUGUCAGCUGACUUUCUCAGAUAUGCGCUGGAACUGUUCGUCCAUUGAGCAUGCUCCAAAUUUUACCCCAGAUCUACAAAAAGGUACUCGAGAAUCUUCCUUAGUUUAUGCCUUGGCCUCUGCAGCACUCAGUCAUUCGAUUGCCCGCUCCUGUGCUUCAGGGGAGCUGCCAACUUGCUCCUGUGGUGCCACCCCAGCUGAAGUGCCCGCACCCAGUUUCCGGUGGGGAGGUUGUGGAGAUAACCUACAUUAUGGCCUUCAUAUGGGAUCUGCUUUUGUUGAUGCACCUAUGAAAUCUAGCAAGUCAGGCACACAGGCCACCAAACUGAUGAAUCUCCACAACAAUGCCGUUGGCAGACAGGUUCUCAUGGAUUCUCUGGAAACAAAAUGCAAGUGUCAUGGAGUAUCUGGGUCCUGUUCUGUAAAGACCUGCUGGAAGGGACUUCAGGAUUUAUCUCAUGUUGCUAAUGAACUGAAGUCUAAAUAUUUGGGAGCCACUAGAGUUAUUCACAGACAAAUGGGAAUCCGCAAACAGCUGGUCCACAAGGAACUGGACAUAAGACCAGUAAGGGAGUCUGAGUUGGUGUAUCUCAUUAGUUCUCCUGACUACUGCACCAAGAAUCCAGCAUUGGGCUCCUAUGGAACACAAGACAGGCAUUGCAACAAGACUUCAGUGGGCAGUGACAGUUGUAACUUGAUGUGCUGUGGCCGGGGCUACAACGCUUACACUGAAACAAUUGUCGAGCGUUGCCAGUGCAAAUACCACUGGUGCUGUUAUGUCAUGUGCAAGAAAUGUGAGCGGACAGUUGAACGAUACGUUUGCAAGUAAUGGAUACGUAUGUUGAAACACGGACUCCUCAUUUUUUUUUUUUUUCCCAUUGUGGGAGAUCACAGAAUUUUGCAUAAAUGGUUACUAUAAAUUCUGUAGUAAAUGGCAGGGGCAACAUAAGCAGCUGGUCUGCCCUACCCCUUGACUGAAAGUGGUUGAUCCCUUAAGUUUUCAUGAAUCGCUGUAGCAUGAUAUCGAGCAUGUGAUAAGCAUCCUUUUACUUCUACACCAACACAAGAUGCUGAAACUUCAGAGCAAAGGAAUAUCGAUGAAAAUUAUUUUCCAUUGGGAGAAAACAUAACUGUCUAUACAAUGUACAUAAAUAUAAUAUAGAUAUCUAUUUAAUCUGAAUUUUAGACUGCAGGACAGGUAGUUGUAUUGUACACUUUGUUUUUUUAAAUGUAAUAAUAAUAUAUUUUUUUAAAUAAACCUAUUUUGCUGAGGCA